GCCUCAGAGGUGGGUCGGGGCCUCCUCCGUGGUGUCUCCUGCUUUUGGACUCUGUUCCCUCGACCAAAACGUUUCCCAGCGUUUGUAGUGGCGAUCCAGGCAAGCCUCGCUGGGUGGUUACAAGAUGGGCCUCUGCGUAGCCGGUGUCCUCGCCGCAGGCUUUGGCAUGCCUGGUAUCCUGGUUUCUUACCAAACAGCUGGGCUGUCGAGGAGUUGGCUUUAUUUCUUCCAGGAUAAUGUCUAGGCUUUUAAUGUACUCCUAUCUCCAGGUCAUAAAACCUGGGUGCUCUGCUUGAUACCUUCAGUUUUUCUUAGUGUUUUAGACUCACAACAUAUUUCUCUGGAGCUGAUGUUUUCCUAGCACCUUUCAGCUUGGCUUUAAAAGCUACUUUGCUGGAAUGUUUUAAAUGGUUAAAAGUCCUCUAGGAUUUGAAGUUUAUUUAAAUUAAUUGAAGGAAAUACUUCUGGCCUCACCAAAGAAAUAACUGGAAUCAUGGAUCAGAACAACAGUUUGCCACCCUACGCUCAAGGCUUAGCCUCCCCUCAGGGUGCAAUGACUCCAGGAAUUCCCAUUUUUAGCCCAAUGAUGCCAUAUGGCACAGGACUGACACCACAGCCUGUCCAGAGCACCAACAGUCUGUCUAUAUUAGAGGAACAGCAGCGGCAGCAGCAGCAGCAACAAGCAGCACAGCAAUCUACGUCACAGCAAGCGACACAGGGAACAUCUGGUCAAACUCCCCAGCUCUUCCAUUCACAGACUCUUACUACAGCCCCUUUACCAGGAACCACACCUCUGUACCCCUCUCCAAUGACUCCGAUGACACCAAUAACUCCUGCAACACCAGCAUCAGAGAGUUCUGGGAUAGUGCCACAACUACAGAAUAUUGUGUCCACAGUGAAUCUUGGUUGCAAACUUGACCUAAAAACUAUUGCGCUUCGUGCCCGAAAUGCUGAAUAUAAUCCCAAGCGUUUUGCUGCUGUUAUUAUGAGAAUAAGAGAACCACGUACUACUGCACUGAUAUUCAGCUCUGGAAAAAUGGUGUGCACAGGAGCAAAAAGUGAGGAGCAAUCCAGACUGGCAGCAAGGAAGUAUGCAAGAGUUGUUCAGAAACUGGGCUUUCCAGCAAAAUUUUUGGAUUUUAAAAUUCAGAACAUGGUGGGCAGCUGCGAUGUGAAAUUUCCCAUCAGACUGGAAGGAUUGGUACUCACACACCAGCAGUUCAGCAGCUACGAGCCGGAAUUGUUUCCUGGAUUAAUCUACAGAAUGAUCAAGCCAAGAAUUGUACUGCUUAUUUUUGUUUCUGGAAAAGUGGUUUUAACUGGUGCUAAAGUACGAGCAGAAAUCUAUGAAGCAUUUGAAAACAUCUAUCCUAUUUUAAAGGGAUUCAGAAAGACAACGUAAUAAUUUCUACAUGUUUCAGAGAAAUCAGGGGUCUAUUUUAAAAGGUAUUGUGUAUGGCACAGCAGUAACAAGAGACGGACUUCCAGUGCAACUGCAACAUCAGGACUUGGACUAUUUCCCAGUUAGUGCCUACUUCCCUGAUGGUCAAGGGGAACUGUAUUCUUGAAUAUGUCUACUGAGUUACUGUGAGUUGCUUUACUGGGCUGUUCCUAGAGCAGUCCCUCCAAUUUUUAUUUAUAUCCUAGCUUUUAAAUAGUUUUAAUGCCAGUUCUAUUAAUAGGAAAUCUGUAAGUUGGUUUAAAGACAAAUGCAACUGUGUCACUCAGUGUAUAAACCACUUAAAUUGCCAUGUAUAUAUGUUUUAAGUUCCUUCCGUAAGACCAUGGUUUUAUAAUUUUCAGAACUUGAGCUUUUAAAUUUUUUCAACUUUAAAUUUCUUUGGUGCCAGUCACAUUCCCUCUUUCCAGUAUUAAGCAAGAUAGGAUAAAUUUAUUAAUGAAAAUGGCUCACUGUACAUAUAUAUAUAAUAUAUACCUUUCUUCUCUUUCCUUCUUCAACUCCACAUGUACAAUAAACCCUGUUUAUACAACUAUGGGAACUGUCUUAAUACAUUUUAAAAUUACCCAGCUGGUAGAGUGAAAUACAUUGAUUUUUUUUUUAAUUUAAUCUAGAUUUUUUAAUAGCACAUGCACUACUGUAAGUGACUUGUCAUUUUGAGAGAAUCUUACCAAUGCUCUGGCUUACUUACCAGCAGUCACAUCCUUGGAAACAUCUACCUUGAAUACUUCCAAUAUGUUAAAAGAGAUGACUGGUUAAAGAAGUUUGUGUUCAAGUAUGUGUUGCCUUAUGUUCAACAGAUGGGAUUUAGGCAAAUCUUAUAUAGCUACACUUGACUGAAUUGGAACAAAAGAUCCCUGCUUAGCUCCUAGAAUUUCUUUAAAUUACUACUUUUGUAUUUUACCAGCUAUGACAGUCUCACUAUAUUAGUGUUCCUGUAAAAUGUCAAAGCCCUUCCGACUAGUCAGUAUGUACAUAAUCUUCCUUCUGAACCAUGCUUGAAGCUUAACGGGCUGAGAACUAAAAAUAAACUUUUUUUUUCUUCAGUAAA